CGCUGGACGUUCUCAGAGUAGCAUAAUAAUUCCCUUUAGAAAAUUACAUAUAAUAUAAGUAUAAUACAAAUAUAUAUCUAUAUUUUUUAAAAUAUUUUAAAUUAAUAAAUUUGAGUUAUAAUUUAAAUAAAAUUUAAAAUUCAGAAAAAAUUUAAGUGAAAACUCGAUUGAAAAGUAUUUUUUUGACGUAAAAAGUUCUGUAGAAACUUUACAGAUUUUAUUAUCGAAUAAAGUUUUUUUGUCAUAAUUGCAAUUGAAAAAAUUUACAAUUUAAUGCCAAUGUGAAUUCUCUUGAGAAGUUAACUAACAUUCAAUUAUCUCUCUAACUUUGUUUUGUUUCGACUAAUUCGGCUUAGAUAAAUGACAAAGGCUGUCACGUGUAACUUUCAAUAAUUAGCUUUUCAGAUAAUAAUUAUAAUAAAAAGAAAAAUUUUUUAAACAUUUAAAAUAAUAAAUCAAAUGUUAAAGAUUAACAUAAUGGAUAAUUUAAAUCGAGUAUAUAUUUUUUGUAACUAUUAAAAAUAAAAAUAAUAAAUUGAUUGAAUAGUGAAAGAGGAAAUUGGAGAAAUAAUUAAGGAAAGAUAUUUUAUUUAAAAAAAAAUUAUGGUGGAUAAAUUGCAUGAUUAUCAAGGCUUUGCCGGGCGUCUUCAUGGUUUUCGUGAUAAAGUAAGUGAAAAGUGGUCGGGUUGGAAAGAAUGGAAAAAUGAAAUACCAACAAAUCAAGGCUUCGCGGCUGUUGUAAAUCAUUUUCGUAGUCCGCCUAAAUUAGAGCGAACUUUAGACGAUUACUCACAUGUUUACAGACAAAAAACACGUGGUGAAUUGGUGAGAGUAUCAGCUGCAGUAAUGGGAAUAGAAUUUUCUUACGCUGCUGAAACAGCAUUUGUAUCACCAACAUUAUUAAAAAUUGGUGUCGACCAUCAACAUAUGACAUUAGUUUGGGCAUUAAGUCCACUAGUAGGAUUUUUUGUGACACCCGUUUUAGGAAGUGUCAGUGAUCGUUGUAGAUCUACAUAUGGACGAAGACGACCAUUUAUUAUUAUAUUGGCUAUCGGAGUUUUUUUGGGGCUUCUUUUAGUACCUAACGGCGAGAAAAUGGGGUAUGCAUUUGGAGACCCUUUACCUUUACCUAAUCACACUGCACCACUAGGUCAUCGAUUAACAGCUAAAACGAUUAAUGAAACUUCUGCAACAGUUCCGACGUCUUCACACUCGUGGGGAAUAUUUUUUACUAUUUUAGGGACUGUUUUACUUGAUUUUGAUGCCGAUGCUUGUCAAAGUCCUGCUCGAGCUUAUCUUCUAGAUGUCACUAUUCCAGAGGAUCAUGCUCGGGGUUUAAGUACUUUUACAAUAAUGGCUGGACUUGGAGGAUUUAUGGGAUACGGCCUAGGUGGUAUAAACUGGGAUGCAACAAGUAUUGGAAUAGCUCUUGGUGGUCAUCUUCAUGCUACAUUUACUUUGAUAACAAUAAUCUUUAUUAUUUGUGUUAGUUAUACUAUUACUAGUUUCAAAGAAAUUCCUCUUUAUUUACUUGAGCGAGAUGAAUAUAAAGCUAUGCAAGCUCAAUUGAUGGACGACAAUCGAAGGAAAAGUGAACAUGACAAAAUAGCCGAUGAUGAAUGUGCUUCGUACGGAACUCUUAAUGCUGAUUCGGAAGCCACAGAAGAAUUUAAUUUAAAGCCUUUGGCAGUUGAUCGACCGAAACCAAAACGACAAGGAUCAGUACCAAUGAUACCAGAAAUAACUCCAGAAAUUUAUGCUAAUGAAGAAGAUCAAAAUGCCGAUCCUAAAGCAACAUUAAGAGAAUAUUUAAUGUCAAUACUUUACAUGCCGCAUAGUAUGAAAAUGGUUUGUUUAACGAAUUUAUUUUGUUGGAUGGCGCACGUAUGUUACUCACUUUAUUUCACCGACUUCGUUGGUGAGGCAGUUUACGGUGGGAAUCCUAAAGCUCCAGAAGGCUCAAAAGAGCGCGAAUUAUAUGAAUCUGGAGUUAGAUUUGGAUGUUGGGGUAUGUCAAUGUAUUCAUUGUCAUGUGCCUGUUAUUCUUUGGUUAUUGAAAAAUUAAUUCAACGAUACAAGGCACGUAAAGUUUACAUUUGCGGUCUAUUAUUUUAUAGUAUGGGAAUGAUGAUGAUGGCUUUAUUAAAACACCCAGUCGGUGUAAUAUUAUUUUCUUGGACUGCAGGCGUCAUGUAUUCAACGUUAUUUACAAUGCCAUAUUUAUUAAUCGCACAUUAUCAUGCUUCAUCCACGUUUUCAGUUACAGCGGAUGGUGAAGCAGUACACAAUGAUAAAGUACGAGGAUUAGGUACCGAUGUAGCAAUUGUAUCAUCUAUGGUAUUCCUCGCACAAUUUCUAUUAUCAUGUUGUCUUGGUACAAUCGUUAGUAUCUCGGGAACUACGACUGCAGUCGUUGGUGUUGCCAGUACUCUCGCAGCAUGUGGAGCUCUAUCAGCAACCCAAAUUAUGUAUUUAGAUCUUUAAAAAUUCAUCGUUUUAUUUUAAGUAUUGUGUGAAAUUAUUUCUAUCAUUCACAACUUUCAAAUUAUAAUACAGUAUAUUAAAUUUAAAAAAAACAAAUGUGCUUAUGAAAAUAUAUAUAAUUUUUAAAUACUGUGCGAAAUAUGAAAUAAAAUUAUUUUAAUAGUAUUUAUGACAAUUAACAAUAUAUAUAUUAGGGUGGGCCAAAAAAAAAAAAAAUAGUAUUUUAUUCUUUAGUUACCGUGAAAAUAUCGAUCAAGAUGAUGAAAAAAAAUUCUGAUAAAAUUUGAGCUCUUAAUAUUAAUACUCGGAGGUCACUCAUCGCAAUUUUCUAUUUCCCAUUUAAAUAACAUGGGAAAAAAAAGUUUUAAGUUUGGAAUUUUCUAACUCGGCAAUGGCUCAUUGUACAGAUAAUUUCAGGAUGUAAAUUUGUAGGAAAUUAAACGCUCUACAAAAAGAGUCUCUUAUCAUUUUUUGAUAAAUUUAUCUGUUCAAAAGUUAUUGGAGCUUAAUAUCAAAUUUAUAGUAAAUUUCGAGAUCUUUUUACUUUUCCAGCGAAACUAUCAGAGUUAUCACAAAAUGUCAUAAGAUCUUUUUUGUAGAAAAUUUUAUUCCCUACAAAUUAUUUCUAUAGAGUUUUUUCAAGUUGCGCAUAAUUUACUAGUUAUUUUCAUUUUAAUGUUAAGCUUUUAAAAAAAGUAGUGUUUUGAUCGAUUUUAAGAGCUUGGCAUUGAAAUUAAAAUAACUAGAAAACAAUGAGGAAUUUUAAAAAACUUUAUUGAAGAUAAUUUGUAAGGAAUAAAAUUGUCUACAAAAAAGAUUGUAUGAAAUUUUGUGAUAACUCUGAUAGCUUCGCCGGAAAAGUACAAAGAUCUCCAUAUUUACUAUAAAUUUGACUUCAAGCUCCGAUAACUUUUGAACAGCCAUUGCCUAAUUAUAAAAUUCCAAACUUAAAACUUUUUUUUCCCAUGUUAUUUAAAUGGGAAAUAGAAAAUUGCGAUGAGCGACCUCUAAAUCAGGAGACACGGUAGUGUCUCGCGCCAAGUACACGUUCAAAUCAAAGACAUGUAUACACAGAAAAAACAGAUAUCUUCAGUCAAGAAAAUAUUUUUGAAGACAAACGUUUUCGGGAACCGAGUCAAGAUUUUCUUGAGCCAAGAGAAUUCGUCUUGGUUGGAGAAGAUUUCUACUUUAUCUGAGAAAAUUUAGGUCUCCAAAAAAAUUUUCUUUAAUCAAGAAUAUUUACCUUCAGUCGAGAAUUUUUUUUUUGUGUGUAUGUGUGAAGUAUCAUGGCGCGAGCCUACCGUGUCUCUAUACCGUAGACCGAACGGUAUAUUAAUAUUAAGAGCUCAAAUUUUACCAGAAUUUUUUUUUCAUCAUCUUGAUCGAUAUUUUCACGGUAACUAAAGAAUAAAAUACUAUUUGUUUUUUUUUGGCUCACCCUAAUAUAUAUAUUAAUAAUCAAUAAGCAAAGAAAAUAAAAUUUGAAAGAAAGAAAAUAAAUUAAUAUUUAAAAAAUCUGUAAAAAUUGCGUUGAAAUUGCAGAUUUCAUUUGAAUAUUUAAAAUUAAUUAAUAUAUAUUAUUAAAGUAUAAUUAUAAAGAUAUUAAGAAAUAAUUAUUUUUUUAAUCAUUUUCCUCUAGCGGAAGAAGUUAAAAAAUUAUCUUAAUAAUUAUUUUUAAAAUGAUUAGUAUUAUUUUUUGUAGAGUUCAAAGCGACUACAAGUGAUAAAAUAAUUAUUGACAGUAUUAGCUAGAUCACGUGUUAAAAGAUAAUUUAAAUAAAAAAUAAAUUAACGCAUGUUAGUUAUGUUAAUGCACAAAAUUAUCAUUUAUUUAAUUAUUAAUUAUAAUUAUCUUUAUGUGUCAAUUGUAAAUAUUAUCAAUUAUGAUUAAUCCAUUAUUGUAUAUUACAAUGUGUUAUAAUAUAAAGAAAUACUACUAAACAGUAUAUGUUCAUUGUAAAAUUGAAAAGAAAUGUUUGAAGUAAUUUAUCUAUAGAUUAAACUUUUCAUCAACAACAUUUACAAAAUUGAUUGAAAGAAAUCAAUAAUUUCCAUUAACUCAAAACAGUAUUUUUUUCAAAUUCAUAGUUGUUUUUAUCACAUACAUAGGGCGUGUUCGGCCGAACUAAGUCCUGAGCAAAUUUACAAAGGCCUUAGUAAGAUUUGGUAUUGGCAGGGUGCGCGACGAAAACGACAUCUGUCGACCGCAUUAAAUCAUCCUCAAAAAGCACAGAGAGAAUACGGAAAGUUUUUAUAAACAAAUAAUUAAAAUUUUUAAAGAUUGCGAAAUAUAUGUGUGAUACCACAUUUGAAAGGUGGAAAAAUAGAGAGUAGAUUGUACUGA